GCGUAGUUGCGUGAGGUGCGGAUUCGUGCGCAACCUUUCCACGCCUGAAUACCGCGUCCGUUCCGGGUCUCUGCGUUUGGCACCAGUGGGAGUCACUGUCUCUGCACUCCUGGGGUCUUACAUGUCUGUUUUCCUCAAAAUGAGUGGUAGUAUCACCUUAAGAUCUUGUGCCAGAUUUUUGGUGCCACUUACCAUUCCUGGGAAGAGAAGGCUUUUAUGUUCAACAGCUCUGCAGAGAUACAUGUCUUCCAAAAUACCAGCUGUGUCCUAUCCUAAAAAGGAGAGUACAUCACCUCUUGAACAGCUGGGAUUGGAUGGGUGGAAAAUUACAAUGAAAUCCACUGUGGAAGAAGAUGAUGUUUCAACAGUCUCGAGUAGCAAGGAUGAAGAUCCCCUAGCUGCCAUCAGGGAGUUAAUUGAGAUGUGGAGAUUGCUUGGCAAAGAAGUACCAGAAGACAUGAGUGAAGAAGAACUUAAAACUGCUAUGGAAUGUGUUUCUAAAUCAUCAAAAAAAAAAUACUUAAAAUAUUUAUAUAUUAAGGAAAAAAAGAAAAAAGCUAAGCAAAUAAAAAAGGAAAUGAAAGCAGCAACAAAGGAAAAAGCAAUAAAAGAACACUUGCUAGAAACCACUAAGGAAGAUAAACAGCAAAACUUUCUAUUUCUGCGACUUUGGGAUAGGAAUAUGGACAUUGCCAUGGGCUGGAAAGGUGCUCAGGCCAUGCAGUUUGGACAACCUUUGGUUUUUGACAUGGAUUAUGAUAAUUAUAUGAAACCAAGAGAACUCCAGAAUACUGUUUCCCAACUUCUAGAAAGUGAAGGAUGGAACAGAAGAGAUGUUGAUCCUUUCCAUCUUUAUUUCUGCAACUUUAAAAUAGAUGGUGCUUAUCAUAAAGAGUUAGUUAAACGUUAUGGAGAAAAAUGGGACAAGUUGCUUUUAACAGCAACAGAAAAGUCUCAUGCAGAUUUAUUCCCAAAGGAUAGUAUUAUAUAUUUAACUGCAGAUUCUCCCAAUGUUAUGACUACUUUCAAGCAUGAUAAAAUCUAUAUAGUGGGAUCUUUUGUUGAUAAGACUAUGCAGACAGGCACAUCCCUAGCCAAGGCAAAACGGCUGAAGCUGGCAACAGAAUGCCUUCCAUUAGAUAGAUAUUUACAGUGGGACACUGGUACCAAAAAUCUUACCUUAGAUCAAAUGAUGCGUAUAUUGUUAUGUCUGAAAAACACUGGUAGUUGGGAAGAGGCUCUGAAGUUUGUUCCUAGGAGAAAACAUACUGGUUAUCUGGAGAUUCCUCAGCAUUCUCAAGAGUUUAUCAACAGAUUGAAGAAGUCAAAGACCUUUAAUUCGUUUCCAAAAGGCUCUCUAAAUAGACACACACAGAAAUGGUGGCUUAAAUGAGAAAAUUUGGUAACUUAAAAAAAUAAAUGGUCGCAAUAUAUGUAAAUCAAA